UCUUAUGGUUAUCUUCGCCGUCCGAUCUGAGGAUGUUUUAAUUAGAAAGUUUUUAUCGUGCAGCGAUCACAGUUUCAAGCCGCUGCAGAAAUACACCGAUGUUUUAACUUCUUUAAUAGACACAGAAUCUGUUCCUGUUCCUUCCUCUGGGGAAAUGCGCGUGUGAGUGGGUAUGUCGAGCGAGUCUAAAGUUUAGGAUGAGUUAAAGUUUGAUCAUGGCCGUGUGGACCCGCCCGGAGAAACAGGGUCAUCUGGACCUGCUGCUGAGUGACCGCUGGGUCCGGGUCACCGCGGAGCUCACGCGGGACAGGCUUACCCUGACGGCGGAGGGCGAACCCGGCGGGCCCGCGGCACACUCCGAGCACAGCUCUCAGUUAAGAAACGGGGUUUCCGGUGGCAACGAACAGAACCGAGAUGUUUUUCAGAGCCGCGGGCAAUACGACAGUCAACGGGUCAACGGGUCCGACUCGGAGUCCAGCGGUUAUUGUGACCCGGAUGGGGUUCGGAGGGUUCGGAUAGUCAAGCAGGAGUCCGGCGGGCUGGGGAUCAGUAUUAAAGGGGGACGGGAGAACCGUAUGCCCAUCCUCAUAUCGAAGAUCUUCCCUGGUUUAGCGGCGGACCAGAGUCGAGCCCUGCGGGUCGGCGACGCGAUCCUGUCCGUCAACGGCAGCGACCUCCGCGACGCCACGCACGACGCGGCGGUGCAGGCGCUGAAGAAGGCCGGGAAGGAGGUGACGCUGGAGGUGAAGUAUAUCAGGGAGGUGUCUCCGCUCUUUAAAAAGUCCUCUGUGAGCGCGGAUCUGCCUUGGGAUGGGCGUCUGCAGUCCCCAAACCUCAGCAGCAGCGACGAGUCGCCCAAGAGCAGUGUAAGUCCUGACAGGAAGGUCAUCCCACUCAAAAUGAGCUUCAUCAGCCGAAACCUCACCAUGCCUGACCUGGAAAGCAGGCUGCUGGAGCUUCACUCUCCGGACGGCCAGCACACUGUGGUGCUGCGGUGUAAAGACGGGGCCUCUGCUCACUCCUGGUUCACAGCCAUUCACACUAAUGUUGCUGCCCUAUUGCCACAGACGAUGGACCACAUCAACUCUUUCCUGAGCAACCCCAGCGCCAACACACACUGCACACUCAAACACAUCGGCUGGCUGGCAGAGCAGGUAUUACACACACACACACUCUCACACGCUGAUACGAUAAUAUCGCAAUAUGAAGUCCACGUUCCAGCCAGCAAAGAAAACAUAAAACCACAUGAAUUCACCUUCUGUUGGUUCACAUCUGUCUGUCUGCGCUCCUCAGGCUGUGUGUUGAACAGACAAGACGUGCGGCUGAUCCUGCACUAUGACAGAGGGUUCACUGUGAAGCGGGAAUCUGGUGAAUCUGUGCUCUUUCACUUCCCCUAUGAGCGGCUCAAGAUGUCUGCAGACGAUGGAGUCCAGAACCUCUACCUGGACUUUGGUGCUCCAGAGGGCGAGAUGGUGUUUGAGCUUCACACGGGGCCGAAGCCUGUGGUCUUUGUGCUUCAUUCGUUUCUCUCAGCCAAACUGUCUCGCUUGGGACUGCUCACAUAGAAUCAACAGCAAACGAUGGAGGUUCAUUUAUUUCUUUGAUUUAUUGAUGGCUAGUAUUUUACUCAAGAAGUGUUUUCAUAGUUUACUUCUCUUCUAGCCAACACAUUUGUUGUGUGAGUGUGUGGCUUUCUAAAGCAGAAAACAAUCCCAGUUUCCUCUGAUCAGGAACACCAGAUGUGCCUUCUCAUCUAGAGCCAACAAGCUUUUACACUCAUUUUCAGGCUUAAGGUAAAGCUUUGCAGAGGAACCAAAAUGACCAUAUUACUCUUGUAUUAUCUGUGCUGUUUGUUUUUAACGUAACUCGCCUGUAUUUAUGUUUAUAUGUAUCGCAUGGCAAAGACUGUUACCUCUGUGUGUUAUAAUCUGAAUGAAUGUGUCAUUUGAAUGCAAAUAUGGAGAAAAUUAAGCUUUAAAUGCAUUCCCUCACGACUGAAGUUAAAACUCUAGAAGGUGUUGAAUAGGAUUGAUUCAGUUUAACUAAUAUUUUGAAAAAAUAUCAAAUAUAGGAAUGUUUUAUUAGUUUAUCUGUUCUCUACACGUCAUAAGAAAAACUUUUUCCACAUUUAUGACCAAACCUGCUCCAGGCCUUAAUACCCUGCUGUAGUACAUUAAUGCUCGUUAGAUGAGUGUUUAGUCCUUAUUAUAGGCUUCCCGCUGUCAU